AUGUCCUACCAGAAAGAAAACCCCUCUGUGAGGAGCGUGGAUCCUCACGGCGUAUGGCAUCCUGGUCCGGUCUUCUCACAAGUCUCAACCACGACCGGUCCAGUCCGGAUCGUCGCGACAUCCGGACAGGUUGGCAUUGACGAGAACAACAACAUAGUCGCGGACACGGAUGCCCAGAUUGUGCAAGCAUUCACCAACCUCGAACGCGCUCUUGCGGCUGCAGGCGCCGUGGUAAAAGACGUCUACAAGCUUGUGUGGUAUGUCGUCGAUUUCGAUCCCAACCACCGCCUCUACCGUCCGCACUUGAUCAAGUUUCUGGACGGUCACAGCCCUGCGACCACGUUGGUGCCCGUCCCGUGCUUGGCGGAGCCCGGCCUCAAAUUCGAGAUCGAGGCGUACGCUGCUGUUCGAUUGGAGCUCCCUCGGACGGUUGAUGUUGUGGUGGUAGGGGCUGGAUUGAGCGGCCUCAAGGCUGCCAGUGAUGUCCAGAAGGCGGGAUAUUCGUGCCUUGUGGUCGAGGCACGAGACAGAGUUGGCGGCAAGACGUGGUCUCACGACCCCCUCGGCAAUGGCAGAAAUGUGGAUGUCGGGGCAUGCUGGAUCAAUGAUACUAACCAGGCCAAGGUAUACGAUCUCGCAAAGUCGUUGGGACUUAAGCUGGUCCAGCAGUAUGUUGAAGGGGAUGUUAUUCAGGACGACAUCGGGGGAGGGCUCUCGACCUUCAAAUACGGCACCAACCCGAGAGACCUUGCUGAGAAAAAUGGGGUCGAAAACAUGGUAUACAUUCGUGAUUUGUUCGAGCACACUUGUCAGACGAUUGACAUUCGCAACCCCACCGGCGCAGGCAAGGACUUCGACACCUACAACUUGGAACAGUGGGUGAAAAUGCAGGGAGGAGGUGAGACGGCACUGGCAUCGGUGAGGGUCUGGACCCGCGUCAUGCUCGGACUCGAACCCUCUGAAAUCAGCACGCUCUUCUUCCUUGAUUAUUGCAAAAGCGGUGGCGGGCUGAUGCAGAUGCGGUCCGACAAAAAGAACGGAGGCCAAUACUACAAACUGGCGCAAGGCACCCAAGCCCUCUCUGUUGGACUCGCAGAAUCCCUCGCUCCGGGGUCCAUCGUCUUGAACUCCCCCGUUCGCCGGAUUGAGCAGGCCCCGGAAGCAAUUCUCGUGUCCACCGGGAGAGGCGAGAUUCAUGGUCGACGAGUCAUUGUUUCGGUACCGACGCCCUUGUACAAAGAAAUUACCUUCGAGCCUCCGCUGCCAAAGGCGAAAGAACAACUCAGUCAAGCCAACAAGCUGGGCUGUACAUUCAAGGUGAUGCUUCUCUACGCCGAGCCUUGGUGGCGAGCCAGUGGGCUCUGCGGUAUGGUUCAAUCCUUCCAAGGCCCGGUGUGCGUCACUCGCGACUCCAGUAUUGAAGAGACGGGCAACUACUCCUUGACCUGCUUCGCCGGAGGCAAGCCAGGUCGGGACUUGCUAGCCCUGGCUCGAAAAGAGCGCCACGAUGCUGUGCUGUCCUUUGUCAGACGAGUCUUUGGUCCCUUCACCAAAACAAUCCCCGAGCCUCUGGCCAUUACGGACCACCCGUGGAUCCAAGAUCAGUGGUCUCAGGGUUGCCCUUGUCCAGCCGCUCCUCCCGGGGCGAUGACGAACCACGGUCAUGCCUUGAGAACUCCUCACCUGCGGGCUCAUUUUGUGGGGACCGAGACUGCUUUCGAAUGGAAAGGCUACCUAGACGGAGCCGUCAGAUCGGGCGAAAGGGGGGCGAAAGAAGUGAUUCAAGCUCUCAGCAGAUCUAGACUAUGA